AUCACAAAGCCACAGCCCAAUACCUUUCAUCACAGCCUUGGAUUACCACAGAACAGAAGUUAGCGUUACCUAUAAAUUAAACUUCCCCAAACCCCAGUCCUGUGCAAGAAGCUGAGCUGCAGACAAGUAGGCUGUUCUGUGUGCUUGGGAAGAACCACGCCACGUACCCGAUGCUCGUGCUGCUUGUCCUCACUGCCCUCCUGGGUGUCUCCCAGGGCCGCACGGAUUGUUAUGGCAGUGUAAGCAGAAUUAUAACCCCUGGGGCUUCGUGCAAAACUGCAGCGCCAGAGGGUUUAUCCUACUGUGGAGUUAAGGCUUCAGAAAAGAUUGCUGAACGGGACCUAGGUGCUAUGAAUCGAUAUAAAACACUCAUUAAGAAAGUUGGUGAAAAACUCUGCAUUGAACCAGCCCUGAUAGCUGGCAUCAUCUCCCGGGAAUCUCAUGCCGGCAAAGUACUGAAGAAUGGCUGGGGUGACAAUGGAAAUGGAUUUGGUUUAAUGCAGGUUGACAAAAACUCACAUAGACCUGUGGGACAAUGGAACAGCGAAGCUCAUCUUAUGCAGGGCACAAACAUACUUAUCUCUAUGAUAAGGGCAAUGCAGAGGAAGUUCCCACGCUGGACAAAGGAUCAAAAGCUGAAAGGUGGGAUUUCUGCCUACAAUGCUGGUGCUGGUAAUGUUCGAACAUAUGACAGAAUGGACAUCGGCACCACUCACAAUGACUACUCCAAUGAUGUGGUUGCACGAGCCAAGUAUUACAAGAAACAUGGAUACUAGACUUGGGAAUCUCUACUGAGUAACUUCCUUACCAUCGCUUGCGUGACACCCUUGAAGGAGCCAAGACACCGAGCAGCUCUACCCUGCAAACCCAUACAGCUGCAAAUGUACAGGAAUGAUUUACAUGAAUAAGAAUCCAAAGACUAAAGUUCUGAAUUUUUAAAACAAUAUUCAGUAAGAGACCAGUCAUGUAGUUUCUUUACAAGCAGUAUGGUUUGGAUUUUACAAAGGGAAUAUUACCAAAAUCUUAAUAAUUGUUUUUUGCUGUUUCCACAUUUCUCUGAGUAACGAGGACUAUCUUGUUUUGCUAUUGAUAAUUUGCUGCCUUCCAGAUCUUAAUAUACAUUUCUGCCAAAAUCUGUCAUUCUCUUAAGAGAUCAAAAGGCAAAAAACUUCCUUGGGUAUUAGUUUCAUGAUUUAUAUUCUUGAAGCUGCUAGAUAUUUACAUUAUGCUGCACAGUAGUCUUUUUUUUUCUGAAUGCUAAUUUUUCAUAUAAAUGCAUGGGCUAGAGAUGGAUGUUUUCAGUCAUACAGAAAUAAGCAAACAGAAACUGAAUAAAAGUCUUACUAGCAAAUGAA